CACACACACACUCUCUCUCUCUCUCUCUCUCUCUUUUUGAUGCUGUGGGAAUAACGUUCUUGAGGCGAUGCCGGCCUCCUCCUCCGCCGCCAAUCGCCUCCCGGGAAUCCUCUUCUCCAGAGCCCUGGCGCCGCCACUGGACUCCGAUCUACAACCGGCGCUGAAGCCCCAACCGCGCCGCCGGGUACGGAGCCCCGCAUUGCCCCGCGCUGCUGCCGGGGCCCGCCCGAGAAGAUGCGGCGCUGCUUCCGGCGGGAGGAGGAGCGGCCCCGCCACCCCCCUGCUUCGCUGGAAGUUCAGCGAGAAACCCCCGUCGGAACCCGGCCGUAAGGUCCAGGACGUCGGCCCCGGAGUUCCGCCACCACCGACCCGCAUCUCCGCGAGGAAGCUCGCGGCUGGGAUCUGGCACCUGCGGCCUCUGGGGGCUGAUGGAGGCGGCCGCGGCGGCGGAGGGGAAAGACGGCGGGCUCCUCUAGGUCCUGAGCUUGUUCCUGGGUGUCAAGAAGUUCAGUUGUUUUAUAAUCCCCUUAGCACCGACCUCCAUGUUAAUAAGAAUAGGAAGAAUGGGCAUGCCAGUCCUGUGUCUGUCUUAAGUCCCAAGUAUGGUGAUUUCCACAAGAGUUCUGCAAUGGAGAAGGCAACUAAAUGGGACCCUGGGAGCUCAAUGACCACGGAGGAGGUCUACCGAUUCUACCGUCACCUUAAGCUUCUUGAAGACCAGGAACUAAACACAGUUUCUACUGUUUCUUCUCUACGGACUGAGCUUGAAAGGGCUCGUGCCCGCAACAAUGAGCUUGAGAGAGAACGUAAAUUGGCAAAGAAAAAGCUGGACCAAUUCUUGAACAGGCUUGCUGAGGAGAAAGAAUCGUGGCGGAGCAGGGAGCAUGAGAAAUUUAGAGCUAUACUUGAGGCAAUGAAGGCCGACCUUGGCAAAGAGAGGAAAAAGCGGCAAAGAACGGAGAUCAUCCAUGGUAAGCUGGUCAGUGAGCUUGCUGAGGCCAAAUUAACUGCAAAGCAGCUCUUGCAGGACUAUGAGAAAGAACGCAAAGCUCGUGAACUUGUUGAAGAGGUUUGUGAUGAGCUUGCAAAGGAGAUUGGCGAGGACAAGGCUGAAAUUGAAUCUCUGAAGAUGGAAGCGAUGAAGAUACAAGAAGAAGCUGAAGACGAGAAGAAGAUGUUGCAGAUGGCCGAGGUAUGGCGUGAAGAAAGGGUUCAGAUGAAAUUAAUUGAUGCAAAGCUUACUCUUGAGGAGAAAUAUUCAGAGCUGAGGGACCUAAAAGCAGAGUUAGAAGCAUUUUUGGCUGCAAGAAUGACUAAAGAUUCGGACUUUGCAUCAAUGAAAGAGGCUGAGUUACUUAAAGGAAAAGCAGACUUGGUAAAUAUUGAAGUGAUAAAAGAGUUCUCUUACCAGCCACCACUUGCUUCAGAAGACAUUUAUGCCGUCAUUGAAGAACUCCAGCCAAGACAAGAAACUAAUGCGAGAGACAUCAAACCUUGCUGUGUUUAUAGCCCUAGAAGCCAUGCCUCCAAGGUUAACACAGCGAGUCCUGGGACAGAUGUCUUUCUAGAACAUCCAACAAAGCAGCAUGCACAUGAGAUGAUAGAUAGCAAUGAUGAUGAAGAAGAUGAAAGCGACUGGGAAACAGUUAGUCAAGCCGAGGAACAAGGCUCAAGCAAUUCACAUGAUGGAAGCGAACCAUCUGUCAAUGAUUACUGUAAACAAAGCUAUGCUUCAGUAAGCGAAAUGGAGUUGAAGGAGAAUGGUAACAACAAACUAAACAAUGAAAUCAUUGAGGUUUCUACUACAAAUGCAAAAUCAAGAAAGAAGGUGUCUUCAAUAUGUAGGCUUUGGAGAUCAUCAGCACAUGAUAAUGUUGAAGACCUUAAGAAAAGGUCGCUGUCAAAUGGAAGGAUAUCCACUGGAACCCUGGCUUCGAAUAAUUGUGAAGAGUACAAGAAGCUUUCAGCUGAGUAUACAAAUGGAAGACCAGAUGGAAGGAUCUCCAACGGAAAUCUAUCUCCUGACAUGGGGUUGGUUGAAGCUGGUUUGAGCCCAAGAAGCAUAGGACACUUAAACUCUCCCGACUUACUGAAUUCUCACAUUCCUCGCGGAACGAAGGGGUGCAUCGAAUGGCCACGAAGCGAUCAGAAGCACGGGCUAAAGGCGAAGCUACUGGAGGCAAGGAUGGGGAGCCAAAAGAUUCAGCUGCGGCACGUCCUUAAACAGAAAACUUAGAAUGUUUAUUUGAUUAAACACAUUCUUGGCCACCAAGCCAAGAAUGUUUUCCUUUGUUAAGGCAGACUUCAAUAUCAUCUCUCCAUGAAAUCUCAUGCACGUUGCUGUAUGGGCUUGAGCAGUGCCUCUUUGUAACUUCUGUAGCCUCUAGCUGUCUAUUAUUCUAUCUGAUUAAGCAAUUUAGCAUGGAGCUUUUGUUAGAA